AUGGUGCCACCUGUCCAACAGAGUGGAUCUGCUUUGGCCCAGCUUUAUGGAACUUCCGCUACCUUGGAGCACCAUCACUUUAACCAUGCUGUGAUGAUUCUACAAAGUGAGGGUCACAACAUCUUUGCUAAUUUAUCUUCCAAGGAAUACAGUGAUCUCAUGCAGCUUUUGAAGCAGUCCAUACUAGCAACAGACAUAACUCUGUAUUUUGAGAGGAGAACUGAAUUCUUUGAACUUGUCAGUAAAGGGGAUUACAACUGGAAUGUCAAAACCCAGCGUGAUAUAUUUCGAUCAAUGCUAAUGACAGCCUGUGACCUUGGAGCUGUGACCAAACCGUGGGAGAUCUCAAGACAGGCAAGUCAUGAUUAAUGGCCAAGCUGAGCAGAGGAGGUAUUGGUGGGACAAUAUUCCCAGAGCCCUGACUUACAAGGGACCAAAACAGCAGUCAAUUUACAUCAGUAUUAACAUAGUGCACAUAAAAAAAAAAAAAAAAAUAGCAGGAGAUUUCUGUGAGGCACAGAUCGCUACAUAAUCUUUUUCUUAGCUUAAUACCAUUGAACAAUAUUUAGGCACACAGGAGAUUUUUAUGUAUGAAUUAAUAUAGCAUUUUUUAUUUUUAUUUGAUAGAUCUUAAAGAGA